AGAACGCGCUUGCAAAUCAUGUAUACUAAACAAAAUUACAUAAAUUUUAAUGUAUCAUAGGCACCGUUGCGCGCCACCAGUCUAUGUUUGUGCUUCUUGCUUCAUUGCUGUCUUUCUGUUUGGCUGCCUCUUGUCCGUUGCCCGUUUUCUCCCGAGAUUUCCACAGAUACAUCAGCCAAAACAAGAAGGUUUAUCCACUGGGACUGGUCGACCCACCCUCAAUAGUCAGCUGGUUUACAUGCUUGAUCUUUUCUCCGGGAGAUGAAGAACCCACAUAUCGUUCCAAAUGGAGCUCUUUCCGCCAUUCUGGAGAAGCUACCACCACGGGGUCUAAACAAAUGGGUUUAGCUCGCCUCGUACUCACAGUAGAACAAUUUACUCACCUGGAAUAAUGUAUUUACAUGGAUCCACUGUUCCACAACCGAAGACAGACAAUUCUGGCGUGAUUAUCUUCACUGCCUCAAACAUUCCGAUUCUCCAGUCACCUGGAGCUUUUCUGAUGACAUUUCACGGACAGCAUUGCGCG